UUAUUGCCAGUCAAAGGCAGCAUCUGGUAAAUUACCCAUUUCCCUUGAAAUGACAGAAACCCAGGAAGACUCCCAAGAAACUCAAUGUCCAGUAUCGCCAGAAGUUCGCGAAGCUUGGCUUAAAAGCCAAUCCAACAAAAACAGAUCCCAACCUAACGCAUCGGCAUCGCCUGUUGAACUUCCAACGGAUCGGGAAAUAUCAGGAAUUCCUAAGUUACUAACAGAUCCCAACAGUGAGAAAGAAGAAAAAUGGAUAUACCCUUCUCAGAAAAUGUUUUUUGAAGCCAUGCAACGAAAGAAUUGGAAUCCUAACGCGAGCGACAUGAAGACGAUUGUUCCUAUACAUAAUGCAGUCAACGAGAAAGCCUGGCAGGAAAUUCUGGAUUGGGAAAAAGGAUGGGGAUCGGAAUCUUGUGGGGGACCCAAACUCGAAAAAUUCCAAGGCGACGUAAAGAAGCUAACCCCAAAGGCUCGGAUUCUUGGCUUGUUGGGUUAUAACAAACCCUUUGACCGACAUGACUGGUUAGUCGAUAGGUGCGGUAAAAAGGUUUGUUAUGUAAUAGAUUUUUAUAAUGGACGUAGUGUACAAGGAGUCCCAAGUAUGUAUCUUGAUGUUCGUCCAAAACUUACUGCUCACGGUGCCUGGAUGCGCCUUUACCGUUGGUCCAGUCAGGCUAUCUUUCAAGGAAAGACUGACCAACAAUAAACUGAAUAAUCUAAAACAAUCUCCUCUCUUUAGAUAUAUUAACAGCGUUUAACGACGAUAGUUCCUUAUUAAAGAAAAAGAAAAACAAGACAUCCGUCUUUUUUAAUCUGUUCUUGUUAAUGAAGUUAAUACCCGUAUCAAUUC